AUGGAUUUUGUAUAUGAAACAAAUGAAUCUAUUUUUAACGAACAAAAAAUUUUAAAACUAAAACGUAAAGUGAAGAAUCAAAGAAAAAUUGCCAAGUAUAAAGAACUUUAUUUAAAAGAGAAGAAACAAAAUGAAGAAUAUAUUUCUCUUUUAAAUGAUGCUCAUGAUUACAAAGAACUUUAUAUGAAAGUGAAGAAACAAAACGAAGAAUAUAUUUCUCUCUUAAAUGAUGCUCGUGACUAUUUUGGGAAUUGUUGGGUGAGUUUUCUUAACGAUGUUGAAGAAGCAAAACAAUUUAAUGAUUAUUCAAGGUAUUUUAUUUUGAAAGAUGGUCAAGUCGAAAAUGAAGAAGUUAUCGACUUAACAAAUAAAGAUGUCGACAAUGAAAAAGAUUUUGAUUACGAAUACUAUCUUAAUCUCGAUAAUGCAGAUUUACUCGAUGAUUGUA